AUGGCGUCUCCUGUCGUGGACGAGAUUCACGACUCUGACAAUCCCACCACCACCGUCGUGGCCGAUGGUCCCAAGGACGAGAACAAGCCCGAGAAGAGUCUCAUCUCGGCCUCGUACCACCUGGGCAUUGGCGACGAGGAUCCCACCGCCGAAGAGCUUCACGGUCCCAACGCUCUCCGACGUGUCUCCGCGCCCAUCCCCUGGGCCGUCUACACGGUCGCCUUUGUCGAGCUGUGCGAACGCUUUUCCUACUAUGGAACCCAGGUUUUGUACUCCAACUUUGUGAACCACUCCCUGCCGCUGCCCGCUCCCAACGGUCCCCCAGGUUCCAUCCACGACUCUGGAGCUGGUGGUGGAACACCCCAGGGUGUUUCGGGUGCGCUGGGCAAGGGCGUCCAAACCGCCAAUGGAAUCAACACCUUCAACACCUUCUGGUGCUACUGCGUUCCUCUGCUCAGUGCCUACAUUGCCGAUGAGUACUGGGGUCGGUAUAAGACUAUCUGCUGGUCUAUCUUUGCGGCCAUCAUUGGCCACAUCAUUCUGGUUGUGUCGGCCAUCCCGCCCGUCAUCGUGAAUACACCGGCCUGUUUCGGUGUAUUCAUGCUCGGUGUGAUCAUUAUGGGUCUCGGUACGGGUGGUUUCAAGCCCAACAUCUCGGCACUGGUCGUGGAACAAAUUCCCGCCGUCAACCUCAAGGUGCGCACGCUGCCCUCCGGAGAGCGUGUCAUUGUCGACCCUACCAUCACCCAGAGCCGCAUCUACCACUACUUCUACCUGUUCAUCAACGUCGGUGCCCUGGUGGGACAGAUUGGCAUGGCCUACGCCGAGAAGUAUGUCGGUUUCUGGCUGGCCUACCUGCUGCCAACGCUCAUGUUCUGCACUACUCCGUUCGUCAUGUGGUGGGGACGCAAGCGCUAUCGCCAGACUCCUCCGACGGGAUCAGUGGUGUCCAAGGCCGUUCAGGCACUCUUGUUCGCCUUGCGUGGCCGCUGGCACUGGAACCCCGUCACCAUGUGGAAGCGCACUCACGAUGGCACGCUGUGGGAGUCGGUCAAGCCGUCCAACAUUGAGCCCGGUCUGCGACCCAAGUGGAUGACCUUUGACGAUGCCUGGGUGGACGAGGUGCGCCGUGGAUUCGCUGCAUGCGCCGUCUUUUGCUGGUACCCGCUAUACUGGCUGGCAUACGGCCAGCUGACAAACAACUUCACGGCUCAGGCCAGUACCAUGGUGCUACACGGAGUUCCCAACGAUGUGGUCAACAACCUGGAUCCCUUGGCCCUGAUCAUCUUCAUCCCCAUCUGUGACUCUUUCCUCUACCCGGGUCUGCGCAAGAUGGGAUUCCGAUUCACGGCCAUCAAGAAGAUCACCAUGGGCUUCUGGCUGGCGGCCUUGGCCAUGGUCUGGGCGGCCGUGGUGCAGUACUACAUCUACAAGACCUCGCCCUGUGGCCACGAUGCAAACAACUGCUUCACGAAGGACGGCCAGGUGAACCCGGCCCCGAUCAACGUGUGGGCGCAGACAGGUUGCUACGUGCUGAUCGCCUUCUCGGAGAUCUUCGCCUCGAUCACCUCACUCGAGUACGCCUACUCCAAGGCUCCGCGCAAUAUGCGAUCCCUAAUCCAGGCCAUUGCCCUGUUCACCAACGCCAUCUCGGCCGCCAUCGCCGAGGCGCUGAACCCGCUGGCCGCGGACCCGCUGCUGGUCUGGAACUACGGCGUUUUUGCAGUGCUGUCCUUUGUCGGUGGCGUCUUCUUCAUCUUCCAGUUCUGGGGACUGGACAAGGAGGAGGACGAGCUCAACAACCUGCCCGAGGGCCGCGCUUAUGCCGACGAAAAGGGCGUCGAAGGUGUGCUGGUGGCUAGCGAGAUUGGUCCCGUCAAGGGCUAG